AUGACUAAGAAGCUAUAUUAAGUUUUCAGCUUUAUUUAAGUCCCGAUUGUCUUUGUGUCAAGUUGGGUUAGUUGUUCGCCAAAUUGCAAAAAAAUGCAUUUCAAAUUAGUUUUUGUGUGUGUUUGCCUUUUAAGUUAUUGCAGUGAAAUUAAAGCUGACUGCGGCGUGGUAAACAAGAAGCAGUGGGAUGGGUUGAACCCAGUCCACGUGAAGUACCUACCCCGUCCUGUGAGCCUGGUCAUCAUCCAGCACACCGUCACCCCCACCUGCAGCACUGACGCGGGCUGUGCGGAGAUCGUGAGGAACAUACAGAUCAACCACAUGGAAACACUUAACUUCUGGGAUAUUGGAUCCUCGUUUUUGGUCGGCGGUAACGGCAAGGUUUAUGAGGGCGCGGGUUGGCUUCACGUGGGCGCUCAUACUGCAGGCUACAACAACAAGUCUAUCGGAAUCACUUUCAUAGGCAACUACAACCAUGACGAAGUGAAACAGUCAAUGGUAGAUGCAGUGAAGGCGCUCCUCAAGUGCGGAGUAGAAAAUGGCCACCUAACUCCUGAUUACCACGUGGUGGCUCACCGGCAACUGGUGGCUUUAGAGAGUCCAGGGCGGAAGCUGUACAAUGAGGUCAGGUCCUGGCCCGAGUGGUUGGAAGACGUCAGUUUGAUCAAGAACUGAAGAUUUCCAGUAAAAUUAUACCUGACGAAUACUCAAUUAUUGAUCUUUUGAAAGCAUAUUUUGUUAGAAUGACCAGUGUUAUCCUGUUCAUUAAUAAUUUGAAAACAUUUUUUUGUUUAAAUUACCAGUGUUCAUAAAAAAGUUCAUACUUUAGGCUAAAGUAUGUUUUAUAUCUUUUUGUCUAUUUUACAAAUAUGUUAUGUUACAAAUCGAAUGUAUAAUAUUCCUGCAUGCAAUUUACAUUACCAUCUGGUUUUCACGUGCCAAAUAAGAAAAAAUUUACAAUAAGUUGGUGAACUUUACGUACGAUAUAAAUAGAUCCAGACUAUUAUCAUAGUCGCAAAAGGAAGGACCGAAGGACCUAGUAUCUGAGAUACAUCUCAGGUACUAGGUCCUUCCUUUUGCGUAACACUAUAUUAUAACGUGCGAUAGUGACAAAACAUAUUCUAGCUUAAAGUAAGCUAAGCUAGCAAAGCGUUAACUUUUUACAAAUAACGGGGAUAGUCUUUAAGCUUUUAUAAGUAUUGAUGUGUAACUUAGUUAAAAAAAUUUAAAGCCUUGACAAACUUGGAAAUAUAUGUAUUAUCCGUAACUUUUAAUGUAACUUAUAAUCUAAUAUCCAAAUUAGAACAUAGAAAGAAAGAAAUACAUACAUAAAUACAUCAUACAACGGCAAGGACAUGUCAUCAUCAUUUUAGAUAAUCUCCUAUUGACUAUUAGACAUAAAACAUAAGAUUAAGAAUGUAUUUUUCCGUCAUACAUGGUGUCUUGACAAAAAGCUGGACUUAUUAGUCCGAUAUAAUAUCUGAAGUUAUUCCACUCAAGGCACAAUUAUUUUGGGUCUCUUAAAUAUAUCACUUGCGACUAUUCGUCCCUGUCAAAGUAAGUAUAUAGAACUUUCCGCCCGAUUCCAGAUUUUUUUCAUCUCAUUAUUAUUUAAAAAAUCAGUUAAAGACCAUGUGUCACAUACAUGUCAUUGUUAUAUAUAAAGCUAGUGUUAUAGCUUUUGCCCACAACUUUGUAUGUGAGUAAAAAUCCGUUUCCCAUUGAAUUUAAGGUGAUCCCUUCUUAGUGCUCACCUACACUGUUCUAGGAACCUACACACCAAAUUUCAGCUUUCUACGCCCAAUGGUUUCGGCUGUGCUUUGUUUGUCAGUCAGUCAGUCACUCAGUAAUGGAAGAGUUUUAUAUAUAUAUUGAUUAAACUCGUGAAAAUCCGU